AUGAGGGAAAGGUAUUCAGGGAAUAAUUUGAGAGAGGCAUCGGAAUCGAUGGUUGGAAAGGUAGAGAGAAUUCCAUUGAUGGUAAACGACAUCUACCUGGAGAGAAUUUUCACAGAUUACCGUGAUAAAUGCGAAGACAUUUUUGAGCGACGAUAUCAUGGAUAUGCGACCGAUUUCACGCUUCACGAAUGA